UUCAUCGUUCAUCUUAAUAGUUGAAAUUUGCAUAACAUUUUUCAUUGAUACCUGUUCGUAAAAUCUACUUAUCGAAAUUAUAUUUAUUUCGAGAAGAUGUCUGUGUUCAUCGAAAUGAGGACCAUCAUGUUGUUGGUUUUCUUAUAUCUUGCAUCGUCUACCUCAUCCGAAAAAGUUCCCGCUGACAGGUAAAAAAUGUCCUACUCUCAACGAAUACACGAACUUAUGUUAAAUGUAAAAUAUGGUACGUUCGUGCUUGUAAGUUGGGAUUACAAACUCCCCACUUGUUAAACCAAAAAGCUUACAAGCAAGCACGCAAUUUACUAUUCCUUAAAUUAAAUAAUCCAUUCAGCUUUUCUUUUGCAACUGUUGAUGCAGAAAUGUAACAAUGAGAGCAUUCCUCGAGAACAUGUUCUCUUCAGAAAAGAAUUAUACAAAUCCCGCUAUACACCAGAUGGUUAAAAUGGGAGCCCAUCAUGACGACUUUCAACAUUAUUUUGAAAUUUUUUACUCUGUUUGUUCGGCGAAUGGCGAGGCAAUUCUUUGUCCCGAUGUUCAGCAGCUCAAGGCCUCUAAUCCGAAUUACGCACUUGUAGAUAUGAUUCAAUUACUUGUCGACGAAGGUGCUGAUAUUAACGCUAAAGAAAAAUUUUCCGAACAAACAGCACUACACACUUUUAUUGCUAGUUAUAAUUUGAUGCAUCGUAGCAAUUACGACAGAAACAAAACUUCCGCAGUCGUUAGAAAGCUGAUUGAGAAUGGUGCAGAUGUAAAUGCAACAGACCAUCUACAAAGGACACCACUUAAUAUCGAGUGUGAUGGAGGUGGAAGUAGCGAAAUUGUCGAAAUACUCCUUCAAAGUAAUUCCGACAUAAAUGCGAAAGAUGUUUUUGGACGCACCCCACUUAUGACGGCGGCUUACCGAUGCGACAAUUCAGCUUCAACCGAAAUCGUCAAAUUACUGUUAGAAUAUAAUGCCGAUGUGAAUGUACGUAAUAAAGAUGGAACGAGUGCUGUAAUCCAUGCCUUGUCAGGUGGUUGCACGGAACAUGUCAAGCUUAUUCUCGAAAAGAAUGUUGACAUUUACGCGAUAGAUGUAAAGGGAAACACCGUUUGUGAUAUUGCAGAAUCAUAUCAACAAUGGUCACUUUUUGGUUGCAGCUGGUUUAAAAAUUGGUAUAAGAAAUGGUGAAUCCAAUUUCGAGAUGACCUUUUAUUCCACUCGGAUUCCCGUCAUUCCCGUGCGUGAUCAUUUCAGCAAAUAUAGUUCUAAAUUUUCUAAUAGCUUUUCAAACGAAUAAACAACAAUCUUUUCUGAUGGAAGGAUAUUAUAUUAUAUUUAACAUUCGAUACAAGUAAAUUUCAAAUAUUCGCCACAAAUAUUUUUCAUUCAAUUAAUAAUUGCCCUACGAUGGGACUUUUCUAGAGCUUAGAGUCA